AUGCGGUUCCUUUGCCUCCACGGCUACGCUCAAAGUGCCGAUGUCCUCAAAGAGAUGAUGGAAGAAAUUACAGAGCAUCUCCCCAGCAACUGGGAAUACGAGUACUUUGAGGCAGGAAUGGAGCCAUCUAAGCUAGUACUACCCAACUUGGACCAAGUCCCUUUGCCAAACUCCUGUUGGUGGAAUUAUCCGUUUUCUGAGGAUAUACAGAAUGCCUUAGACCGUCUUGUCUCUUUUAUCGAAUCCGAAGGACCCUUUGAUGGGCUAUGGGGCUUCUCCCAAGGCGCUUCCAUGGCCACCCUGCUACUAUUAGAACACCAGAAAGUGAGUACCGGUACUCACGACUGGCCUUUCAAAAUGGUCAUCUACAAUUCGACCUUUCUCCCAUAUCGUCUCGAUUCCGGUUCAAUCACAUGGGACAAGACGGAAAAUGGCCAACUACAGGCAACUUAUCAUCCUGGCGAACUCGACGCCUCGUUUGGCAAGAAAGACAUCGACUGGAAGCAGGAUGAACGCGCCGUGUAUGACUACCAGGUGCUCAAGAGCAAAAGGGUGCAAGACGAGGGCCCCUUUCCAGUCAAGCUCCUACUCAAGUAUCGACCCCAAGAUGUCCCAGACAAGCUGACCGUGCCGUCCGUCCACGUGCGAGGUGCCAAAGACGAAUACUUCUUUGUCAACGACUCAGUCUCUGAGCUUUUUGAUCCCGCGACAUCCAAGAAGAUGACGCAUCGUGGCGGCCACCACUUUCCCCGGUUUACAGACGAGCUGGUGAAUUUCGCUGAAUUGAUCGUCGAGACAGCUGCCUCCCUUAUCUAG